GAUAAAGACGGGUGCUCCCCAUUGUACUACGCUGCAGAAAUCAGCAACUUAAAUGCCGUUCGAUAUCUCGUCGAAUCGGGUUCUGACGUCAAUUCUCUGGAUGAGAAUAACACCGCCCCAUUGAUGACAGCGGCCCGGAAGGGAGGGUUGGAAGUGGUUCAAUUUCUCGUUGAUGCUGGUGCUGACGUCAACGCUACAGAUAGUGCCGGAUUAACCGCACUCAUGCGUGCA